AUGGAUCAUAUUCGUGCAUUAAAAAAUAAAAAGAAUACUGAUACCGAUGGCGAACCUUCUUUACAAAAUGCUUUGGAAUUAGCACGUUCAUCACUAAUACAUGUUCCAUCUCAUGGAUCACGCGAAAUCUUGAUUAUAAUGGGCUCUUUAACAACUUGUGAUCCUGGUGAUAUUAACAUUACAAUUGAAAAUCUUAUCAAAGAAAAUAUUCAUGUUUCAAUAGUAGGAUUGGCAGCUGAAGUACAAAUAUGUAAACUCAUGUGCAAGAAGACUAAAGGAACUUAUGGUAUUGUACUGCACGAGGCACAUUUUAGAGAUCUGCUUUUCGAAAUUAUACCACCUCCACCAGUUUCUAAUGCUCAAAAUAAAUCUGAACUUGUUAUGAUGGGAUUUCCAAGCAGUGUUAAUGGAUCAAAACCUUCCUUUUGUGCUUGCCAUCAAAAACUUACAACUAAAGGAUAUACAUGUUCUAGAUGUGACUCAAAGGUUUGUGAUUUACCAACAGAUUGUCCUAUAUGUGAACUAACACUAGUGUCAAGUCCACAUUUGGCAAGAUCUUAUCACCACUUAUUUCCGGUAGAAAAUUAUGUUGAAGUUCCAUGGAGUGGUGAUAUAGCAGCUAAUUGUUUCUCAUGUCAAGUAAAAUUUACUGCUCAACCAUCAAUAAUACCUAUUUCACAAUUAGAAGCAUCUAGUGGUAGAUAUAAAUGUCCAAAGU